CUGGGAGGAGCUUGAGCCUCCCCUCCAUGGAUGUGUUUACCAUCACUACCGGGAGAAGGAGGAGCUGGCCGGCGGACAGAGGAGGACUCACCGGUUGCUGCUGCCUCAGAAAGAUGUCUUUAAAUGUUCCUCCUUGUAGCUUUGGCAUUCAUCUGGAUAUUAAUGCUACUAUGGAGAAAUAAAACCACAACAGUAGCGAUGCCUGGGAAAAGAGAGGAUUCAGUUGAGAAGGACAUUUCCACUGCACAUGCCUGCUCUCAUGCAAGCAAACCAUCUCCCUCGGCAGCUGCUCCCAAAUCAAAAUGCAAUGAUGGCAACAACCAUCUGGCCAGCUGUGAGUGUGCAGGUCUUUCAGUCAAAGGAGCGAAGUGUGAUCCUCUCCAGGCCUCCCCGAAGGUAAAUUCAGGGCAGGCACCGCUGCCGCAGACCCCACAGAACCCGUCUAAUACCAUCCCACCGAUGCUGAGCUCAAGAUCUGAGCGUCGGGAACGCCUCAAGUUCAUUCUCGGAGCAUCGGAGGAUAAUUCUUCAGAUGAGGAAGUGCUGAUGACAAAACCUCCAAGCGGUGCAUCUCAACCUCUGGUUUCUGCAUCCAGAUCGGCGACUGACCAGGCGUCUGCUGCUGUGCCACCGUCCAGCUCUUUGGUGCUAAAACCUAGCAUGUCUGGUCCUCACUUGGUGAAAAAAGGACGUGAACACAGAAAGAUGGAUCUCCACAGGGAUUUCACGGUCGCCUCACCUGCUGAGUUUGUCACCCGAUUCGGUGGCAACCGGGUCAUAGAAAAGGUGCUGAUCGCCAACAAUGGCAUCGCUGCAGUCAAAUGCAUGCGUUCUAUCCGUCGCUGGUCCUAUGAGAUGUUCCGUAAUGAGAGGACCAUCCGUUUUGUGGUCAUGGUUACACCUGAAGACUUGAAGGCUAACGCAGAAUACAUAAAAAUGGCUGACCAUUAUGUGCCUGUGCCCGGUGGCACCAACAAUAACAACUACGCCAACGUAGAGCUGAUUGUAGACAUUGCAAAAAGAAUCCCAGUGCAGGCUGUGUGGGCCGGCUGGGGCCAUGCAUCUGAAAACCCAAAGCUGCCCGAACUCCUGAACAAAGCAGGGAUAUCAUUCUUGGGUCCAUCUAGUAAAGCCAUGUGGGCUCUUGGAGAUAAGGUGGCUUCUUCCAUUGUUGCCCAGAGCGCUGACAUUCCCACACUACCAUGGAGCGGAUCAGGUCUGAGAGUGGAGUGGAGUGAAGAGGACCAAAGACAGGGACAUGUAAUCAGUGUUCCUCUAGAGGUCUACACAAAGGGCUGUGUCCGUGAUGUAGAUGAUGGCCUGGCAGGAGCUGAAAAAAUUGGUUAUCCAGUUGUUAUCAAGGCCUCUGAGGGUGGAGGUGGAAAGGGCAUCCGGAAAGUUGAAAAUUCAGAUGAAUUUCCAAGUUUCUUCAGACAAGUUCAGACAGAGGUUCCAGGAUCACCCAUUUUCAUCAUGCAACUGGCGCAGCAUGCAAGGCACCUGGAGGUGCAGCUACUGGCAGAUGAGUACGGAAAUGCAAUCUCUCUGUUUGGACGAGACUGCUCCAUCCAGAGAAGGCACCAGAAGAUUAUAGAGGAGGCUCCCGCUACCAUUGCUCCUGCCUCUACAUUAGAGCAAAUGGAGCAGUAUGCAGUGCGGAUGGCCAAGAUGGUGGGCUAUGUAAGUGCCGGCACUGUGGAGUAUCUCUACUCAGAAGACGGAAGCUUCCACUUUUUGGAGCUAAAUCCUCGCUUGCAGGUGGAACAUCCAUGCACAGAGAUGAUUGGAGAUGUAAACUUGCCAGCAGCACAACUACAGAUUGCAAUGGGCAUCCCUCUGUACAGAAUUAAGGACAUCCGAGUGCUUUAUGAGGAAAGUCCAUGGGGUGACUCCAUUGUUAACUUUGAAACUCCAGACUGCAUUCCAAGUCCAAGAGGUCACGUUAUAGCAGCUCGGAUCACCAGUGAGAAUCCAGAUGAGGGGUUCAAGCCCAGCUCUGGCACCGUGCAGGAGUUGAACUUCCGCAGCAGUAAAAACGUCUGGGGGUAUUUCAGUGUGGGGGCCACUGGUGGCCUCCAUGAAUUUGCAGAUUCCCAGUUUGGACACUGUUUUUCAUGGGGAGAGAACCGUGAAGAAGCCAUCUCAAACAUGGUGGUAGCUAUGAAGGAGCUGUCCAUCAGAGGAGAUUUUAGGACUACGGUGGAAUACCUCAUCAAGCUUCUUGAGACCGAAAGCUUCAGAAACAAUGACAUUGACACCGGCUGGUUGGAUCAUCUCAUUGCAGAGAAAGUGCAGGCAGAAAGACCAGAUACCAUGCUGGGCAUUGUUUGUGGAGCUCUGCAUGUUGCUGAUGCUGUCUUCAGAAAGAGCAUGUCAGACUUCCUGCAUUCCCUGGAAAGAGGCCAGGUACUGCCGGCAGAGAGCCUGCUCAACUCUGUCAAUGUAGACCUGAUAUAUGAAGGGGUCAAGUACUGUUUGAAGGUGGCACGCCAAUCCCAGACAACUUACGUCAUCAUUAUGAACGGCUCGGACAUUGAAAUUGACGUUCACAGGUUGAAUGACGGGGGUCUCCUGCUGUGUUACAAUGGCAACAGCCACACUACAUACAUGAAGGAGGAAGUAAACAGCUACCGCAUCACUGUUGGCAACAAGACUUGUGUGUUUGAGAAGGAGAGGGAUCCCACAGUGCUGAGGUCACCCUCUGCUGGUAAACUGCUGCAGUACACAGUGGAGGAUGGAGGGCAUAUUGUUGCAGGAGAACCUUAUGCAGAGAUUGAGGUGAUGAAGAUGGUAAUGACUCUGACCGUGCAGCAGUCUGGUUGCAUACACUUUGUCAAAAGGCCAGGGGCUGUACUGGAGCCUGGUUGUGUCACAGCACGUAUGGAUCUGGACGACUCCAGCACUAUACACAGGGUGGAACUCAACACAGCUACACUACCGCCACAGCAGCCACUGCCCAUGGUCGGGGAGAAGCUUCAUCAAGUGUUCCACAAUGUGCUAGAAAAUCUGGUCAGAGUGAUGGACGGCUACUGCCUCGAAGAGCCUUACUUUAGCACCAAGCUGAAAGAAUGGGUCGCAACCCUGAUGAAGACUCUGAGGGACCCUUCGCUUCCACUGCUGGAACUUCAGGAGAUCAUGACCAGCGUGGCCAGUCGUAUUCCAGCUACUGUUGAGAAGGACAUCCGUAAGGUCAUGGCUCAGUAUGCAAGCAACAUCACCUCUGUCCUCUGCCAGUUCCCCAGUCAAACGAUUGCUAACGUUUUAGACAGCCAUGCAGCCACAUUGCAGAGAAAGGCUGACCGGGAGAUUUUCUUCAUGAACACUCAAAGUAUUGUUCAACUGGUGCAGAGAUAUCGCAGUGGAAUCCGUGGGUACAUGAAAUCUGUGGUUCUUGAUUUGCUGAAGCGCUACCUGCAGGUAGAGAUGCAGUUUCAGCAAGCUCACUAUGAUAAGUGUGUGAUCAACCUGAGAGAGCAGCACAAACCUGACAUGAGUCCCGUGCUUGACUACAUCUUCUCUCACGCUCAGGUGUCCAAGAAGAACAUCCUGGUAACGAUGCUCAUUGACCAGCUGUGUGGACGUGAUCCCACCCUUGCAGAUGAGCUCAUGGUUAUUCUGAAUGAACUCACACAGCUGAGCAAGAUGGAAAACUCAAGGGUUACCUUGAGAGCCAGACAAGUCUUGAUUGCAUCGCAUAUGCCAUCCUAUGAACUGAGACACAACCAGGUGGAGUCCAUCUUUCUGUCAGCUAUUGAUAUGUACGGCCAUCAGUUUUGCCCGGAAAAUUUGAAGAAACUUAUUCUCUCUGAAACCUCAAUUUUUGACGUCUUGCCUAACUUCUUCUAUCACUCCAAUCAAGUAGUAUGCAUGGCUGCCUUGGAGGUGUACGUACGCAGGGCUUAUAUUGCCUAUGAGCUGAAUAGCAUCCAGCAUCAUCAGCUGCUGGAUGGAACAUGCGCUGUGGACUUCCAGUUCAUGUUGCCAUCAUCACAUCCAAACAGAGGGAGCAGCCCUACUCUGAACAGGCUUCCUGUGGCAGCAGGUGGGUCAGGCCAGUUUAAAGUGAAGCGGCAGGGCAGUGAGCUCUUAAUGGACGGAGCCUUGUCUCCACCUUGCCAACGAAUGGGAGCUAUGGUAGCUUUCCAGUGCUUUGAUGACUUCAAAAGGAAUUUUGAUGAAGUUCUGUCGAGUUUCGCUGAACCGCUCUUGGAGAGCGGCUCGUUCUUAGAGUCCUGCUCAAGUUUCUAUGAGGAGGAGAACAUGAAGAACAACAGGGAGAACCCCAUCCACAUCAUUAACGUGUCGAUAAAAACAGCUGACACAGAGGACGACGACGCCUUGGUCACAGCCUUCACCGCCUUCGCUCAGUCAAAGAAAGCCAUUCUUUUUGAGUAUGGGAUCAGGAGAAUGACCUUUUUGAUUACUCAGAAGAGAGAAUUUCCAAAGUUCUUCACAUUCAGGGCUCGAGAUGAGUUCCAGGAAGACCGAAUUUACAGAAAUCUGGAGCCAGCUCUAGCGUUUCAGCUGGAGCUGAACCGAAUGAGGAACUUUGACCUGACAGCAGUCCCCUGUGCCAACAAGAAAAUGCACCUGUAUCUCGGAGCGGCUCGAGUCCAAGAGGGUGCUGAAGUAACGGACUACCGCUUCUUUAUACGGGCAAUUAUGCGCCACUCUGAUCUCAUUACAAAAGAAGCGUCAUUUGAGUACCUGCAAAAUGAAGGAGAGCGCCUCCUGCUGGAGGCCAUGGAUGAGUUGGAGGUUGCCUUCAGUAAUACCAGUGUUCGCACAGACUGCAAUCACAUCUUCCUUAACUUUGUCCCUACUGUCAUCAUGGAUCCAUCUAAAAUAGAGGAAUCAGUUCGCUCCAUGGUGAUGCGCUAUGGUAGUCGUCUUUGGAAACUACGGGUCCUGCAGGCCGAGCUAAAGAUCAACAUUCGCCUGACACCAACUGGCAGUGCCAUUCCUAUCCGUCUGUUCCUCACUAAUGAAUCGGGCUAUUAUUUGGACAUCAGUCUGUAUAAAGAAGUCACUGACCCAAGCUCUCGACAGAUCAUGUUUCAGUCUUAUGGAGACAAGCAGGGUCCGUUGCAUGGUAUGCUGAUCAACACUCCUUAUGUGACCAAAGACCUCCUGCAAGCAAAGCGCUUCCAAGCUCAAACCCUGGGCACUACCUAUGUGUAUGAUGUCCCUGAGAUGUUCAGACAGGCAUUAUUCAAGCUGUGGGUUCCAGGAGACAAAUGUCCUAAAGAUGCGUUGAUGUGCACUGAGCUUGUUCUUGACUCAGAAGGUCGACUUGUUCAGAUGAACCGGCUGCCGGCAGAUAAUGACGUGGGAAUGGUGGCCUUUAAGAUGAAGAUGAAGACCCCAGAGUACCCAGAGGGCAGAGAUAUUAUUGUCAUCUGUAAUGACAUCACUCACAUGAUUGGGUCGUUUGGUCCUCAGGAGGACGAGCUGUUCCUCCGGGCGUCUGAGGUAGCUCGGGCUGAGGGAAUCCCUCGCAUUUACAUCGCAGCCAACAGCGGAGCUCGUAUCGGGCUUGCCGAAGAGGUUAAACAUAUGUUCCAGGUGGCCUGGAUAGACCCUGCUGAUCCCUACAAGGGUUUUAAAUACCUUUACCUGACACCGCAGGACUACACCCGGAUCAGCUCCACCAACUCUGUUCACUGUCAGCAUGUAGAGGAAGGAGGAGAAUCCAGAUAUAUUAUCACUGACAUCAUUGGGAACGAUGAAGGUCUUGGUGUUGAAAACCUGCGAGGUUCAGGAACCAUCGCAGGGGAAUCUUCUCAGGCCUAUGAAGAGAUUAUCACAAUCAGUAUGGUGACGUGUCGUGCUAUUGGAAUCGGAGCCUAUCUGGUCCGUUUGGGACAGCGAGUGAUCCAGGUGGAGAACUCCCACAUCAUCCUGACCGGAGCUGGUGCGCUUAACAAGGUUCUAGGCAGAGAAGUCUAUACGUCCAACAACCAGCUGGGAGGAAUUCAGAUCAUGCACAACAACGGGGUCACACAUACAACGGUUCCUGAUGACUUUGAGGGUGUCUUCACCAUCCUGCAGUGGCUUUCAUACAUGCCAAAGAACAACCACUCCCCUGUGCCUGUUAUAGCAACUACAGACCCAGUAGACAGAGAGAUAGAGUUUGUUCCCACAAAAGCCCCUUACGACCCACGUUGGAUGCUGGCUGGCAGGCCUCACCCCAUGUCAAGAGGUGUGUGGCAGAGUGGAUUCUUUGACCACGGCUCUUUUAUGGAGAUCAUGGGGUCCUGGGCUCAAACUGUGGUCGUAGGAAGAGCAAGGCUGGGAGGAAUUCCCCUUGGUGUAAUUGCUGUUGAAACACGUACAGUUGAGCUCACCAUCCCCGCAGAUCCUGCAAACCUGGAUUCAGAAUCUAAAGUUCUGCAGCAGGCUGGCCAGGUUUGGUUUCCAGAUUCUGCUUUCAAAACAGCUCAGGCAAUAUGUGACUUUAACCGUGAGCAUCUGCCUCUCAUGGUGUUUGCCAACUGGAGGGGCUUCUCUGGGGGAAUGAAAGAUAUGUAUGACCAGGUGCUGAAGUUCGGGGCCUACAUUGUGGACGCCUUGCACAGUUUUCGCCAGCCCGUGUUGGUGUACAUCCCACCACAUGCUGAGUUAAGAGGAGGAUCUUGGGUGGUAAUAGAUCCCACCAUCAACCUGCUGUGUAUGGAGCUCUAUGCUGACAGGCAGAGCAGAGGGGGCGUGCUUGAGGCAGAGGGCACAGUGGAGAUUAAAUUCAGGAGGAAGGACCUACUAAAGGCAAUGAGAAGACUUGAUUCGGUCUACGCCAGUCUGGUUGAGCAGCUCUCUUCACUAGAUCUGUCUGACAAAGAAAUCAAGCAGUUGGAGGAGAAACUCAAAGCAAGGGAAGAAUUCCUGUUGCCCAUCUACCACCAGGUGGCGGUACAGUUUGUCGAUCUGCACGACACUCCAGGCAGGAUGCAGGAGAAAGGAGUCAUCACUGAUAUUUUAAACUGGAAACAGGCACGAACCUUCUUCUACUGGCGUCUGCGGCGGCUCCUGUUGGAACAGGUAGUCAAGUGUGAGAUUAUGGAGGCCAACAAGGAUCUCAGUGAUGGGCACAUGCAGUCGAUGCUGCGAAGAUGGUUCGUUGAAACGGAGGGAACAGUGAAGGCUUAUCUUUGGGAUAACAACCAAGCCGUGGUGGAGUGGCUUGAGAAGCACUUGUCCAUAGAGGAUGGCACCAGCUCUGUCAUUCGAGAAAAUAUCAAGUAUUUGAAAAGAGAAAACGCUUUAAAGCACAUUCGCAGCUUGGUGCAGGCCAACCCUGACACAGCCAUGGAUUGCAUCAUUCACAUGACCCAGACUAUUUCUCCCUCCCAGAGGGCCUCGUUGUUGCAUCUGCUCGCGACGAUGGACACCACUAGCACCAGCACCAGUUAAGCUCUGGGACUUCAUCAACUUGUGCGGUUAAAAAGAACAAAAACUUUAUUGUAGUCUCUUGCACUGUUGAAGUGUGCAAGCACAGAGUUGCUUUAGUGUUAAAAGAUCCAGGACAUAAAGCUAAUAGAACAUCAUUUUAGCACUGAAGUACUAAAAUGUGCAAAGACAGUGAUGAAAAAUCAGUGCUGUUAAGUUUCAUUUUUAUGCUCGUCAUGAUCUACGGGUUUAUUAGUGCCUUGUAUGUUUAAACUAGGAAUUUAGAAAUGUUGACCGGUUCAGUCCAGUAAGCCUUCCUCUCCACUCGACAGCCUAACACUGUAAUGCACACCCCACUUUGCUGUAUUAAGCACAUCAGUGGUAAAUGUUAGGAGCUCAAGUCAAUGCAAUUUUGCUUUACUUGGAUUGUGUGCCAUGUAUUGGGGCUUCUUGAAAUAAAAUAAUUUUGUUUUGGUCCCCAGUUAUUGUUUCUAAUUAAAGUUAUGACAUGA